AUGACGUCGAUUCCGGGAGCCGGGGGAAAAGCGGUUGAGGGUGACAUGUCAAGUCAUUUGCCGUGGAAGCCGAAGACAUUUGGUCUUACCUACUGGCAACUCAAGGAUUGUUAUGCUGCCUCUCCAUUGCAUUCCUGUAACCGGCAGCCGGAUUGCACCCAAAUCGUGCUCGACAGGUACUCAAGUAUAACCGGGACUUGGCGUAAAUUCCGCUUCUUUCUUUCUUCGCAGGGAACGUAUACACAGGGUGUUGGGACAAGCAUGUCAAGACAUUUCUCUCGGGAAGUCGGCUCCUGCGCGGAAUGCCCCAAGGCGGGGCCAGUUGGUCUUGGGAGGAUUCCGCCUGGUGGGAGGGAAAUGCGCUCCUUGCUUGGCUUGCGCAAUUCGUGCCGUGAAAUCUGGGGGCUGGUACUUGGCAAGGCCAAGAGUGGAAAAGUCGAGGUGAGAUCUUGGAACAUUGUCCCGCCGACAAGUGACAGAGAGAGCCCAGCACAUUCAAACGUUGUGCCUGUUGACUGCCUACUCCUGACAAGGGAGGCCUUCCAAAUGCGCAUCAACAUCCAUGGCAGCCGUACAUUUGGCACGCAUAAGACGAUGAUCAAGGACAAGGCAAGUAGGUCCCUAGUAGUACUACGGAGAACUGUGUCAGCCUCUGGGAUGGAUGAGGACCACUGCACUACUGUGUACAUGGGCAUUCAGUGUACCAAUCUGGCCACCAUCUGGCCACCGUCUGGUCGACUGAUUGAGGUACAUUACAACAUCACAGGGCAGGUCAGGGCCAACGUGCUUGCAAUCAAGCUCACGCAAAGGGGGCGGUGGGCUGGUUACUGA